UAAAAUCCAGACAAAACAAGAGAUUAACUUCCAAGUUUUCUUGUCUCUCUGUUAAGUGUUGUUGAGUUCUCAGUUCUGUUCUUCACGUGUUAUAUAAUCCAACUUACCACAACUACCGAAGAAAUCGAUGGCAAAGAUGAAAGUUUUCGUUUUUACGCUAAUUUGGUGCCUGCUGCAUGUGGGAAUCGAAGGAAGAGUUGUGAAUUUGUUGCAAAGUUUUGAUGGACCCAGAAUUAGCUACGGGUUUAGCAACUCAUUUAAUCGCAUUUUUGAUACUUCCAAGUAUGGUAUUCUUCAACUGAACAACGGCUUGGCUCAAACUCCUCAAAUGGGGUGGAAUAGCUGGAAUUUCUUUGCUUGCAAUAUCAACGAAACAGUCAUCAAAGAAACAGCUGAUGCUCUUAUCUCAACUGGAUUGGCUGAUUUAGGCUAUGUAUAUGUCAAUAUAGAUGAUUGCUGGUCUGCCGCAAAACGGGAUUCAGAGGGUCAAUUGGUACCUGAUCCAAAAACUUUCCCAUCAGGAAUCAAAGCUCUCGCUGAUUAUAUUCAUGGGAAGGGCCUCAAGCUUGGUAUUUAUUCAGAUGCUGGGGAGUUUACAUGUCAAGUUCGACCCGGAUCUAUUUACCAUGAAAAAGAUGAUGCAGCUUUAUUUGCUUCUUGGGGUGUGGAUUAUUUGAAGUAUGACAACUGUUUCAAUCUGGGCAUAAAGCCACAAGAAAGAUACCCACCGAUGCGUGAUGCUUUAAAUGCAACUGGGCGCACGAUUUUCUAUUCACUUUGUGAAUGGGGUGUUGAUGACCCUGCCUUAUGGGCUGGCAAAGUUGGAAAUAGUUGGCGUACUACAGAUGACAUCAAUGAUUCAUGGGUAAGCAUGACUACGAUUGCUGAUAUAAAUGACGAGUGGGCAUCAUACGCUGGACCUGGUGGAUGGAAUGAUCCGGAUAUGUUAGAAGUUGGCAAUGGAGGCAUGAAUUACCAGGAAUAUCGUUCUCAUUUUAGUAUCUGGGCUUUAAUGAAGGCACCCCUUUUAGUGGGUUGUGAUAUAAGAAACAUGACUGCGGAAACUUUUGAGAUUAUAAGCAAUAAAGAGGUCAUCGCUGUAAACCAAGAUCCACUUGGGGUUCAGGGAAGGAAAGUUUAUGUCUCUGGAACAGACGACUGUCUUCAGGUUUGGGCAGGUCCUUUGUCUGGACACCGCUUAGCAGUUGUUCUGUGGAAUCGAUGUUCGAAAGCAGCAACUAUCACUGCUGGAUGGGGACCACUUGGGCUUGAAUCUGGUACUAGUGUCUCAAUAAGAGAUUUAUGGCAGCACAAAGAAGUUGUUGGAGAUGCCGUGGCUUCAUACGGUGCUCGUGUUGGUGCUCAUGACUGUCAGAUGUACAUUUUCACUCCUCAGACAGUUGCUCACUCUGUAAACUAGUUAAUUAAUUCCUACUAUCAGUAGGGUUCAAGCUCACGGGACAGUUCCACUCUUUGAUGUUUCGGUAAGUAGACAGGUUAUGAUUUCCCUUUGAAAAUGAUCAAACGGGAAGUAUUAUCAUAACCUUAUUCUAAAUCCAACGCAGUUGUGUUCAAGUAUUGUUCAUGGCUGUAGUUUCCAAUGGAACUGGUUGUAAUGUGUGAACGUUCCUAAAUGAUGCUUGGACAUAAAUUUCAUUAUACGGUAAAGACGUACCGGGACAUUGUUAUGAUGAAAA